UUUUAAAUUAGAACAAGAGUUUUAAAUCGAUGUUUAAUCGUUAACUUAUUUAUGAAUGAACCGAGUAAAACUUAAGGGUAAAUUUGCCAGUUAAGGUCGAAGCGAAGGCAGCAAAAGCAUUGACGACUAAACUCAGACGAGACGGGAAGUGAUUCAACAGCUUAAUGACGAUGAUGAUGCCGAGGGGGCAGAAGCGCAAACUAUCAAUAGAGGUGGAGGCUUCAGACUAUAGAGCUCCCACCUGGGAGAGCCAGCAGCAGUUUCUGCUCACAGUUUCCCUCAACAAGUAUCAGUGGUCCCAGCAGCUACGCGAGCCCAGCCUGCGACGGUCCGUUCUGAUAGCCAACACCCUGCGGCAGAUCAGCCUGCAGAUGUCUAUGGUGCCAUCAGUCAACGUGGAGGUGUCACAACCUCCAGGUAUUGCUUCAUCUGCACUGACAGCAAGUAUUGCCGCUGCAGCAAAACGUCAUUCUGCUGUAACGGUUGACAGCCGCUCAGCUCCGGCCACCUGCCCCAUGGUUUCCUUAAAUUACUCACCAAAUUCUACUGAAAAGACAAACUACUCGAGUGAAUCAAAUUUCCAUAUCAGUAUAGAGGAUGAUGAGGACUGGGGAUCGAUGUCCACUGAUACUGAUUCAUCUCUUUCAGCUGUCAUUUCCUCUAUUCUUGCCGCACUGGACUCUACUAUAGACGGGAAUCCUCAGCCAGCUCCACGGAUACCCCUCAGGCCCUUGGAGAACAUGUCCAAGCCCUAUGAGGGAAGCGUGGCCUUGGUAAAUCACGGACUCAGAGAUCCCGGUGACUGCAGGGAGCAGCAGGAGGACGGCAGCAUGGAGGUAAUGAGGUCCAGCUACCUUGGUGAUUUCACUGUGGAGGACUUGUUCCAGGAUAUAGACACAUCCCUGGUGGACAUAGACAUGGGAGUGAUUGGGCACAGAAGCACUGAAGGUGGACACACAGCUGGGGAUGACCUGUUUAUGUACCUGCCACCUUUCUCCCCCCACUCCCCUUUCUCACCACACUCUUUAACACCCACCUCCCAAAAUGCCCAGCCUGCUCUGAUUGGCCAGUUGGCAUGAUGAAUACGAGGCAACACUGAUUAUGUAUACUGACUGUUGUAAGAGCUGUCAACCGCCUUUAAAACAGUAUCUUUGGGCACGGUUAACUGUGGAGCGACUACUUGUUUAAAAAAACAUUUUGUCAAAUGUUGUGGCCCUCAUUUAUGAAUUUUGUUAUUUUUGUGUAUGAAUUUUUAAAUUCAGCUAUCCUUUACACAAAACUACAGCGCUCCCAAAGUCCUGUAAAGGUUUUCUUUCUUUCUUUUUUAAAUCCUGUGUGCACAACCUUUUUUAAAAAUGUGCAAACAGGACGAAUAAGUCGCUGUACUAAGGUUAAAAAAAAAAGAAAAAGAAAUCGCCUCACUGGACUUAAAGGUCUCUGUACAACACUGAGAAAAAUAACGAUGAUGGAUUUGAUCCAUUUUAAGUACAAAUUAAUGGUUUGUACAUUACUUCGCAGUCUAAUGAUGAUCCCGAGGAGGCAGAAGCAGAAACUCGCAUCCUCCUCUUCCCCUCAAUCCAAGUCUGAUGUACCUAUCUUCACUCUCCACCAGCAUCUGCUUCAGUCUCUUAUCAAAAUCAUGUGAGGGGAAGGAAUUAGCACGAUCAUCUUUAUCAUAAACUCUGGUAGAGCUUACAAAAACGGGUUGCGUGCAUGAACACCCUUCACUUGCCGUCUGCUCUGUCCUCUGUCGAACAUUACACAGCCUUUAACCGCGGGGACAGGUAAAGGUCUGUGCAGUGUCUGGUAUUUGCGGUCUCAGCACAGCUCUGCCAGUUAAUGUUGAGGACAUUCAGGCCUGCAGUGCAUGUGUGAGCUACUGUGUUUUCAGUAAAGCUCUGGGUACAUCCACAUUAAUAUAAUUUAGUUUUAAACUGUAACCUUAACUGUGUUUGGACCUAACAAUCACACCGCUAUAGAAGACACCUAACAAUCACACCGCUAUAGAAGACACCUAACAGUGAGAGUUUUUAAAAAUGCAGUCUGAGCUUGGAUUAUUUUUUUAAUGGUCGGCGUUGAUGGAGCAGGCAGACAUGCUUGUUUUCUAAUGUGUCAGAAACGCAUGUCUGCACGGAGAUCUUUUUCCUUUUAAAGGACCAUUUUAAGAUUUGCAUUAGCCCUCGGUGUAAUCUUUCUAGAGCCCUCUUUCUCUUUACACCGACGCAGGCUUGCUCAGUGUACCUGAACAGUCAGCAUGCUAGUUAAGACGAGUGGUUCUCAAACUGCGUGGCAUUGACAACAGGGUGAAAAAUUCAAAUGAAACUGAUGUUUUUUUCCCUUUGUUGGGUGGAGGAAUACGUUUGAUGCUAUUGCACUGAUGAUAUGCACCUUGUAUAAGUAAAAUCCAACUUUUUUCCUUUUUUUCUUUGUUGGUGAUUGGGGUGUUUUUUGGCUUCUGAAGUAGGGCAUGCCACAAAAAGUUUGAGAACCACUGGUUUGGAGAGAUUAUCUAUAAAAACUGCUAAAACAAUCAGAACGGAGAUCAUUUUGAUUUAAAAAGUGUUAGUGUGGAUGUAAGAAAAGGCAGCUUUCAGUCAUGCACUGGUGUUCAUCCAUGCAGCGAUUUGACUGUCAGAGCAGCACAUGAGACAACUCCUUGUUACCGCAAAUGUAAAGUGUGAGCUCUGAGAUUUGAUUUGACUAAUAUUGGAUGGAGAGGAUGGCUGAAACACUAAUGUUAUAGGUCAAAUUUUCAGUAAAGAAAUCACUUAGCAUCUGACAAUAAUAAUAAAAAAAAAAAAGAUGUUAAGUGAUCAGGUCAGGAUUUCAAACAGUAGAAAUGGGCAGGAAUCAAAGAUUAUCAUCAAAAGUAUUGAUCAGGUGGAUUGGCCAAAAGAUGUUCACAGAAACAGCAUUUAGUUCAUUAACAAAAUAGUUACCGCGUUUGGUGGAUUUUGGCGUUUCAUGCAGAGACUGAAAAGCAUGAAAGCAGAAUUAGUCUCGUCUGAAGAGUUUCCUCUGAGUGCAGCUGUGGCUCAGGAAAUGAUGUGACAGAUGGUGGUUGUGAACCGCUCUGUGCACUGUUGUAUUUUAGUUUUUUUUCCUUUAUUUUUUUUUUAAAGAUGUUUUAGAGCCUUUACAGUACUGUGAUGAUAUACAAAACAUCCUCACCCACUCAAGCGUGACAGUCCGAAGCCACUGGUCACGUCACCUCGGGUAUCUGCAGCCGUUAUGCAACAGCACUUUGUUGUUCAGAUGUAUUAUUGAUCAGGUGAUUGAGUCCAGAUGGUGCUGACUUCCACGCUGUGAGCAGUUCAUGAAUCAGUAGGCCAGUUUCUGCCGGGUUUUAGCAGGCUUCACUUUCUCAGUGGUUUCUUUGAAAUUGUGGCAGUUUUGUCAUAAUAUGGAUUCAUAAGUUUGUUCAACUAACAGUAUUUAUUUUGAGAAAAGGUGACAUUGCAGGGAACAAGUUCAUUUUCAGUUCUGUUAGAUGUUACUGUAGGAACAUGUAGGAAUUUAUACCAACUUUGCUAAAAUACCUGACGGGAUGAAAUGUUUGAGGAAGCACCCGCAGUGCUGGUUUUUGUAUUUUUAUAUCCAGGUUAUCUAUUGAAGUUGCUUUCUAUGCAUACGUCCUUUCUGAGUAGCUGGCUUGCAGCUCCAAAAUAUUUAUGAAUGACACAUUUUGUCAACAGUGAGUAAUUUAUUAUCGUACCAUACUGACAUAUUACUAAUGGUAUAUUAAAAUACCAUCAUGGCAGUUAUUUUAUUUACUUUUUUUCCUCUACACUUGAGAUUUGUAAGAGAUGUUUUAAAGUGUAGGGCAGAAUGCCCAGAUACUGUGUAUUUUUGAC